AUGGCGACAUCAACAAAAGCACAGCAGCUUUAUGGCGAAUAUAUCAAUCCGACAAUUGAUCAAUAUUCAUCACAAAAAGAAAAUCCCUUAGUACUGAUGGCUCAAGCAUGUAAUAACAUCGGUAAAGAAUUGUCAUCAACAUUAAAUUGUUCACCAUCGUUAUCAUCAUCAUCAUCAUCUCAUCUACUUCCGUCAAAACUACGAAAAUCAAAUUCACCACAAGUACAAGAAGUAAGAAAAUCUUUAAAACGAUCAGCACCAGCAACCUUUUCAUCACAAACAAUUAAAAGAAGUGUUAUUCAUCCAUUAUCUCAUUUUUGUCAAUCAUCAAUUAUGUUUGAUUCAUUAUUUAAUUAUCAUUUAAAUAAAGCAAUUUCUUUGCCAACGUUCGAUUUAUCAUUAUUGUCAACAUUACCAUUACUUAAUUCAUCCUUUUCGUCGUCUUGUCAACAAUCUUCUUAUUUUACGGACUCAAUAUUCCUAUCACCUUUUGUUUGUAAUUGGAUCGAUUCAAAUAUUUCAAAUGGGUUUUGUGGAAAACGCUUUACAAAUCAUAUUCAUUUACUUGAACAUCUUUGUACAGAACAUACAUCAACGUCAUCUAUGAAAUCUCCAUACCCAUCGUGUUAUUCAUCAACAUUAAUAGAAAAACUAUAA